UGAGUAUCCCACGAGCUGAUAAUAUUGUUCGGGCAGUGAGGUGGAAUGGCAGAGCUUGAAGAAUGUCUUCCAAGCAAGCCACCUCUCCAUUUGCCUGUGCAGCUGAUGGAGAGGAAGCGAUGACCCAAGAUUUGACCUCAAGGGAAAAGGAAGAAGGCAGUGAUCAACAUGUGGCCUCCCAUCUGCCUCUGCACCCCAUAAUGCACAACAAACCUCACUCUGAGGAGCUACCAACACUUGUCAAUACCAUUCAACAAGAUGCUGACUGGGACAACGUUCUGUCAUCUCAGCAAAGAAUGGAGUCAGAGAAUAAUAAGUUAUGUUCCCUAUAUUCCUUCCGAAAUACCUCUACCUCACCACAUAAGCCUGACGAAGGGAGUCGGGACCGCGAGAUAAUGACCAGUGUUACUUUUGGAACCCCAGAACGCCGCAAAGGGAGCCUUGCCGAUGUGGUGGACACAUUGAAACAGAAGAAGCUUGAGGAAAUGACUCGGACUGAACAAGAGGAUUCCUCUUGCAUGGAAAAACUACUUUCAAAAGAUUGGAAGGAAAAAAUGGAAAGACUAAAUACCAGUGAACUUCUUGGAGAAAUUAAAGGUACACCUGAGAGCCUAGCAGAAAAAGAACGGCAGCUCUCUACCAUGAUUACCCAGCUGAUCAGUUUACGGGAGCAGCUUCUGGCAGCGCAUGAUGAACAGAAAAAACUGGCAGCCUCUCAAAUUGAGAAACAACGGCAGCAAAUGGACCUUGCUCGCCAACAGCAAGAACAGAUUGCAAGACAACAGCAGCAACUUCUGCAACAGCAGCACAAAAUUAAUCUCCUGCAGCAACAGAUCCAGGUUCAGGGUCACAUGCCUCCGCUCAUGAUCCCAAUUUUUCCACAUGACCAGCGGACCCUGGCAGCAGCUGCUGCUGCCCAACAGGGAUUCCUCUUCCCCCCUGGAAUAACAUACAAGCCAGGUGAUAACUACCCCGUACAGUUCAUUCCAUCAACAAUGGCAGCUGCUGCUGCUUCUGGGCUCAGCCCUUUACAGCUCCAGAAGGGUCAUGUCUCCCACCCACAAAUUAACCCAAGGCUAAAGGGCCUAAGUGACCGUUUUGGCAGGAGUUUGGACACCUUUGAACAUGGUGGUGGCCACUCUUACAACCACAAACAGAUUGAGCAGCUCUAUGCCGCUCAGCUGGCCAGCAUGCAGGUGUCACCUGGAGCAAAGAUGCCAUCAACUCCACAGCCACCAAACACAGCAGGGGCAGUCUCACCUACUGGGAUAAAAAAUGAAAAGAGAGGGACCAGCCCUGUAACUCAAGUUAAGGAUGAAGCAGCAGCACAGCCGCUGAAUCUCUCAUCCCGACCCAAGACCGCUGAGCCUGUCAAGUCCCCAACCUCUCCCACCCCGAGCCUCUUCCCAGCCAGCAAAACCAGCCCUGUCAAUCUGCCGAACAAGAGCAGCAUCCCCAGCCCUAUUGGAGGAAGCCUGGGAAGGGGAUCCUCUUUAGAUAUCCUGUCCAGUCUCAACUCCCCUGCCCUGUUUGGGGAUCAGGAUACAGUGAUGAAAGCCAUUCAGGAGGCUCGGAAGAUGCGAGAACAGAUCCAGCGGGAGCAACAGCAGCAACAGCCACAUGGUGUUGAUGGGAAACUGUCCUCCAUGAAUAAUAUGGGGCUGAACAACUGCAGGAAUGAAAAGGAGAGAACACGCUUUGAGAACUUGGGGCCCCAGUUAACAGGAAAGUCAAGUGAAGAUGGAAAGCUGGGCCCAGGUGUCAUCGAUCUUACUCGGCCAGAAGACGCAGAGGGAAGUAAAGCAAUGAAUGGCUCUGCAGCUAAACUACAGCAGUAUUAUUGUUGGCCAACAGGAGGUGCCACUGUGGCUGAAGCACGAGUCUACAGGGAUGCCCGCGGCCGCGCCAGCAGCGAGCCACACAUCAAGCGACCAAUGAAUGCAUUCAUGGUUUGGGCAAAGGAUGAGAGGAGGAAAAUCCUUCAGGCCUUCCCCGACAUGCAUAACUCCAACAUUAGCAAAAUUUUAGGGUCUCGCUGGAAAUCUAUGUCCAACCAAGAGAAACAACCUUAUUACGAAGAGCAGGCCCGGCUAAGCAAGAUCCAUUUAGAGAAGUACCCGAACUAUAAAUACAAACCUCGGCCGAAACGCACCUGCAUUGUUGACGGCAAAAAGCUCCGGAUCGGGGAGUAUAAACAACUGAUGAGGUCUCGGAGACAGGAGAUGAGGCAGUUCUUUACUGUGGGGCAACAGCCUCAGAUUCCAAUCACCACAGGAACAGGUGUUGUGUAUCCUGGUGCUAUUACUAUGGCAACUACCACACCAUCACCUCAGAUGACAUCUGACUGCUCUAGCACCUCCGCCAGCCCAGAGCCCAGCCUCCCGGUCAUCCAGAGCACUUAUGGUAUGAAGACAGACGGCGGAAACCUAGCUGGAAAUGAAAUGAUUAAUGGAGAGGAUGAAAUAGAAAUGUAUGACGACUAUGAAGAUGAUCCCAAAUCAGACUAUAGCAGUGAAAACGAAGCCCCAGAAGCUGUCAGUGCCAACUGAGGAGUGUUUAUUUGCUGAAUUAAAAUACUCUGACAUUUCACCUCCCCUCCCCCAACAAAAAGUUCUUAAAGAGCCCGCAUGCAUUUGUGGCUCCACAAUGACAUCAGCAGAAUGGUCUUAAUUGUUUCGUAAAGUGUGAGACAGAUUAAGUUUUCCCUGAUUUUUCAUGAACUUGAGUUUUUUGUCGUUAUUGUUAUUGUUGUUGUUGUUGUUUUUUUAAUUUAGGUGAAGACAUAUUAAAUAUGAGACACCAGGACUUGAAAACUUAUCUCAACCCAUAGCUGUCUUACAAGUCUUAUAUUUUUGUCUUACUAUUUUUUUUUUCUUUUGGAUGUUGAUAAAGGUUUAAGUUACUGUUUUAGAUGGGGUUAAACAUUCUCACUCAGGUAUGCUGUGCCGGCCUACAGGUUGUGAAUGUGUUUUUAUUCUGAAUUAUUUUAGAAAACAACUGAGGAUUUCAUAUUGUGAAACAGAACCAGUCUACGGCGUGUGCAGCUGCAUGUAGAGCAUAUUCAAAAGGCCUCGGAAUUCCAUUUUUCCAUGUGUAGAGUUAAACUUUGAAUGUGCCAAACUUUCUCAUCACUUUUGAAUCUUAAUAUUUUGAAAGUCUUAAAGGAGACACUGCAAAGUCUUAGACAAUCUUUGGCAUCUUAAAAUAAAAUAGCAAACCAUACUUUUUUUUUUUCCAGAAAAUGGUAAAGUACUCAGGAAUCUGGAGACAAGAUAUUGUAAGGAAUGAACAAGGUUGCCACAGUGCAUGUACCCAAUUGUGUUUGCCUCUCAAUGUGCCAUCUGUGGGUGACGUAUGACGUACACACACCAGAGCGAUCACCACACCAGAUACCGAUUCGGUGGUCUUCUCUGCCUGAGACCACCUCUCACUACAUCCAUUAUCCCUUUGCCUUUAACCCUGACAUUCAGUCUUAACACAUUUUCUCUUAAAUAAUUUAUUCAUUCCAGAAUGUCAAGGGUCCACUUACUAUUUAUUUAAAAAAAAAAUUGUUGGUGGCAUUAAUUUAAUAAUUCUUAUUUUUCACCAUCUUUCCCCGAAGAACUUUUCAGCCCUUCUCACCUCCUUCUCCUGCUAGAUACAAAAGAUGUACAUAGUGAUUUUAUGUCCCCAGAGCAUCUGGAAGCAUUUCUGAAGCAAGAUUCUAUUAAAUACCUAUAUCAUUGUUUUUAAACACGAGUGUCUAUCUGGCUGCAGGGCUGUGUGUUUAGAUUCAUGUGUAGAGUCUUACACUUCAACAGCUGUGCCCCCGAGGUUCUUAGUGACCUUGAAUCUUUUGCCAGAAUUUCCCCCUAAGUCAGCUCAGCAACAAGUGGUCGGAGCUGCCUCAGUGGCAUUUCCCCUGAGUGCCAUUCAGCAGCAAGGGUCAACAGUGGUGACUGCCGGGCAAGAGAGUUCCAUAGCCAAACCUAGAGCCCAAGGCUGCAGGCCAUGUAGGAGGCUACUAUGAUGCUGUCAUGGGCUGGCACCUUUACAGUGAGUUGCCUUGUCCCAUCUGGCAUACCUAGGGGAUUCUCUGUAAAAUCCCCAGGAUACAAGGAGCCACCUGACAGCCUCAAAGCAAAGAUAGAGGCAGAUAGUCAUGAUACGUCCAGAGAAUGAAAGAAAACCAUAGGGAAGGAGAAGGAGGGAAAAUACAUUCCCUAUAUGGGAUGUUCCUACUGUUAACUCUGGGGAACAGAUCACUCCUGAGGCGGCAGCCGAGGCCCUCUGGCUGACUCCCUCUAUCUGUGGCCGUGGUGGGGCAGGCCUAUGUGUGAACGAGACUGACUAUACUUGUCGCACAAGGGUUUUCUGGAGAUGUGCUGAUGGGCAAGGAGGCAGUGAGGUUUCACUUCCCAUCUCCUAGCCACAGGGAACUUGGCCAUGCCAUUCUGACCUUCCUGAAAACAGGACUGAUCACCUAUGUGGGGACCCUCACCCAGAGUGGUUCAGUGGGAGAAUGUCAGCGAAUGGGACAGUUCACCUCAUAGGACAACCCAGAUUUUGAUCACCAGGACAUAGGAAUGGCCCCAUCAGAUUUCUUGAGCCAUUUUGUCACUUGGAAGAAAAUAGUGUACCUUCAUAUUUAUUUAAUGAGUGCUCAAGGACAUACCUAAUAGCGAUAGAUAAAUCCAGACAAGAAAUUACUGGCUAUAUCACUAGCUGGGAGUGCUCUCUAUCAGCUGAUUAAGGUACUGAUAGGAAUGUUUUUUUUUUCUUAAUAUUGGUUGGGGAUUGAAACUUCGUUUUUGUACAUUUAUUUCA